GUUGAAUUCCAAAAUGGUUGCAGAGGUUGUUGUUGCACUGUCGGCUGUUGUCAUGUCCCCCCAGUGCCUGUAGUUGUGCUGUAAGAAGCCUCGCAUCUGAUGACAAAACCAACACCCCCUUCUCCUUGUGUACGGAUAGUUUUAUUUCAAUAACCGACAAAGAUGUGCCAGUAGGUUUCGUGUAAAAUUAUACGCACGCGUUAAAACACGAAAUCCGCUAGCGUAAAGUGUGAAAGUAGAGGCGGAAUAUCCCCGUUGUGCGCUAUAGCCGUCGUCCGUAUGAAAAGAUCAGCCUAGCUUGUUUAGCGUAGGCCGCAGCGAUCGGAAAGCGCGGGGCUGCUGGGAAGCACCGGACUCAAGCAAAGGCGGAAGCCGCUUAUCACGCACGGCAAGACGGGCGGCUCGUUACCCGACUUGUGGGGAUUCAGGAGGUUUCACAGGCCAACGCUGAUGUUCCGGAGAGUUCCAGCCCUGGGAUGUAUGAAGGCAAACAUAUCCACUACUCGGAGGUGGACCACAAGCCUCUGUGUUCAUACAGUCCAAAGCUGUGCAAGCAGCGCAGGCUCAAUGGUUACGCUUUCUGCAUCCGCCAUGUGCUCGAGGACCGGAGUGCCCCCUUCAGACAGUGUGAAUAUGUAGCCAAAUACAACAGCCAGCGCUGCACCAACCCGAUACCCAAGGCGCAGGACCGCAAGUAUUGCAACAGUCACCUUCAGGUUAUGGGUGUCCUCCCCAAAAAGGAACGAAAGAAGAAACAAGAUACCAUCGAGUCUUUGGCCCUCAACAUCACUGUUCCAUCUCUGGCUCUGAAGACCCACAACGGGCUUGAGCAUUUAUCCCCACCCCCUUCCUUGGCUCGUCUGCUCCCCUCAGAUCCGUUUGCCCUUUACAAGCAAGAAAAAAUGUUAAAAGUAAGUAGCACGUUUCUAAAGAAGCCUCAAGAAUGUCAAGCCGUGAGUCAGAAACAGCAAGAUUGCCGGGUGGAUUCAACCCUCCAGAAACAUCCGAAAUGGCCUUCUCUUUCCUCCACCCAUGCACGUCCUCCGCAGAUUGGAAGAACCACGCAGACACCUUUAACGCCCUCCUCCCCUCGAACGCCAACCCCACAAACCCCCACACUCCAGUCAGGGUCAUCAUUCAAAACUUCCUCACCUCUUCAGGCCAGCCAGCAGCACUCCACAGAAACUGCUCCGGGCGAGAAGAAAAUUAACCUGAAGCUUAAUCAUGACAAAAAGGUUAUCCCUGGAGCUUUAGGGACGUCACAAAGCCGAGAUGACAUACACAGACAUUUAAUAACAAAGAAUUCAGUUGCCAUGAAACAGCAAGCUCCGUGUUUGAAGCAGCUCCAAAGUCUGAUAGACCAGCACAAGCGGGAAUACCAAGACCUGAACUCCCAUUUAGGUCUUGACUGGUCAGAAGAAAGUGAGGAGGAGGAUGGAGACUUGGGAAUAUUAGUGUCAUAUCAGUGCAAGAGACUACAAGAGAAACACUUUGAAAAGAGUGCCAGUAUUUCCCGCACUGAGCGUCUGGCAGGCUUCUGCUCAUACCUGAAAGAAAAACACAAGCACCUUAGCAGGGAGCAGAGGAGCUUCAGAAGGGAGAGGAAAUCCCAGCAUGCCCUUCAAAAAGCCCUACUCCAGGCAGCAAGAGAGGAACCUCACCACAGUGCACAGCUUAUUCAGGAACAACAUAAAGAGACCUCUACAGCCUCCAGCACUGCAUUAUCAUGGGCUGGGGUGGCAGACUCAGGUUCAUGUUUGGCUGUCGUAAAAGGCGAAGAAUGCCAAAAUCCAGCCUUACCGUUUUCCAGGCACUGCUUUCAACAUAUCCUUCAUAACCGAUCUCAGCAGCUGUUCUCGAGCUGUACCGCUCGCUUUGCAGAUGGGGCUCAGUGUUCCAUCCCCGUCUUUGACAUCACACACCAGACGCCGCUUUGUGACGAGCACGCAAAAAAAAUGAACAAUUUCCUUCGAGGUGACAUCAGCCGUAAGACGUACCACCACCACCAGCAGAUUCAGAGGCACAGGCCGCUGAAGAAAGCCAAGCCUCCACCUCUCAGUAAGAAACAUAAAAAGAGAAGCAAGAGGGCAGUAACACGGCGCCCUCAGAAACCCAUUCCUCCCGCGCUGCCCCAGGGCAACUUGGUCAUGCCAUCUAUCUUGUGCCUGCCCACUCAGCUGUCAGGCAUAAGGAGCCCUUUAACUCCUGAUCUGAGCGGAGACGAACUUCCAGAUGAAAUCACCAAUGACAUCAGUUACAUUCCACAUGACCUGGAGUUGAAUCAGGAGGAUUUUUCAGAUGUCCUACCUCGACUCCCGGAUGAUCUUCAGGACUUUGAUCUUUUUGAAGGUAAGAACAGUGAGCUGUUGCCCACAUCAGAGGAAGCCGAGGAGCUGGUUCGUGUACUUCAGGCCAUGGGCUCAUACCCAGAAUCCCUCGCUUGUCUUAGUGGAAUGGUUGAGCUCGGUCCCGUAGAAGGGGUGGAUUGUCGUAGCAUGUCGAGUGGAGUUGUGGAUCUACUGAGCGCACGGCUAUCCGUCGAGACUCUUUCCAACCUGGAGCUGGACGCCAGUCUGCUCCCCACUUCGGAAGAUGCUUUUCCCCCAUCACCUCCGUCGCCACAACCCCCUCUCACUCCCCCCUCCUCUGUGGGACAUCUCACAGACAGCACAUACCCACAGAGGCAACCUCACCUCCUAUCCAAGAUGGAUAACUCCAAAGCAGAUCUCCGUGAUCUGGCCCUUGACAAGGAUGAGGACAUCUCUCACGGCUCUUGGGGCGUUCUCACACUCCCCCUCAGUGACUCUUCCCAAUUUCACAGCCUUAUUGCCUCCGACGGACUGCUGAUGUCCACAGCGCUCUCAACACCCCUGACCCCUGUACCCUCAGCCCCCUGCCAACCUGGUUUGGCCGUCUCCGCUUUGCCUCAGAGCAAUCACACUGUACCUGUUACAUCCACUCCAUCCUCUCCAACAUCAGAGCUUUUGUGCCCCAUUCAAACCAAGCACCUUCCCCCCAUUGUUCAACCACUGUGGGAUCCCGACAGACUUACAGCCACACCAUAGUACGCCGGCACCCCCAAUGGACCAAGCCCGAAUUGCAGGCAGAACCAAUUUUUCCAAUGAUUUCGUAUAGUCGCAGUAUUCAGGGAACAUACGGGUGAUUUUUGUUUGUUUGUUUGUUUGUUUGUUUUAUUCCGUCUCUCGUUUGAGUUUCCCAACUUCUAUAUCUUUUUCCCCCUCACACAGAAAGCACGUCAAGCAAUAACUUUCUCGUCAGCUUAAUUAGUUGCUUUUUUCUAAAGCAAAUGGAUAGAUGGAUUUUAGCCAUUGAUAUCACUCGUAUCCUUAAAUGCAUAUUUAAUAUAUUUAUAGAGUAGCGUCUGCACAGAUAGUUUUAUUGAUGAGUGCAAAUGUGUGGUGAAAAUGUGGUUAUUGUUUAGAGGUCGAGUUGUCAGUGGUAAAGAAAUGGGAAAGAUGUCAUGGUUGUAUCACUAUUUGUCCCGUGUGAUGGUUAAACGCUCACUGUUUUGGCAGAUAGUGUUUAUGUGCUUUUAGUAGCAGUCCAAACUAAGGGGUCUUGCUGUAAAACCUGACAUAAAAGCUACUGUAUGUUACACAUUUAUACUCCGUGUAUUCUAAACCAAGAAACAUUUAAACUUUGUAAAACCCUGCAAACAAAUGCACAACAUUGUACUUCUUGGAAAAUGAAAAAUUAGCAUAUAGCUCACGUAAGUAAUUCACGUUUAAGUUACAUGAGGGUGUUAAACUUUUAGUGUUUGAUGUGCUCCUGUAAGGCAUUUGUGGGAAAUAUAUGGUGUAAAGCUAUAGUCACUCUUGUCAUGGCUUUUAAAGAGAGUAGUUUUGAUACUUUUUACCCUUAAGUCACGCCGAGUCUAGGUUUCAUUUAUCCAUUUUUUGUAGUCGAAAGCAUCUUUAUUUCCACAUCAGAAAAGAAUCUCACUUAACCAAUGUAAUGAAAUCAUGUCUGGCAGUUUACUUUUAAAGAGAACGUCAAACGUUUAAUAAUGAUACACAAUAUUUGGGUAGACUUGCCGUUGUACCAGAUAAUGCUGCUUUUACCAACAGGCAUACUGACAGAUGAUAUAUCCUUGCACACCGGGUGUCGUCUCGUACUUUUUAUACUUGUAUUCACUGAAUGUAUCGGGUCAACAAAAAAGUUUAUUAUAACCUAUUAAAAUGUUAUGGUCCUCUUUGUUCAAGGUAUUUUUAUGUAUUGACAUGUUUACUUUUGUUACUUAAGUGCUUGGAUAUGGGUGUGUGUGUGUGUGUAUAGACAAUGUGUAAGAGAAAUUCUAUGUUUUAUUUGAAAUGUUUGAAUUAAAACUGCUAUGA